AUGCUGCUGGAGGUCGGAGCCAAACGUGACACAGGCCGUACAGACACUGGGGCUCGGCCCCUGCAUGUCGCAGCCCAGUUUGGGCACGAAGGAGUGGUCACAGCGCUGCUUGAGCACGCGGCGGACCCCAACGCAGCCUGCAGGGUGGGUGGGGCGACAGCGUUGACAUGCGCCUGCCAGGUGGGACAUUUCGAGGUGGCGCGCCUGCUGCUGCAAGGACGCGCGGACCCAACGGCUGUGCAGUCCGAUGGCGCGACGGCUUGGGAUCUCGCAUCCCAACACGGGCAUGCUGAGAUCGCGCAGUUGUUGCUUGAGCAAUUCAAUGGAGGGGAUUUGGAGUUCCUGAUGGACGGUCACUUGGCUACAUGA